UUAUUUUGCUUUAUCUUUUUUCUUCUAAGCAAACAUAUUGUGUAGAAAAGAAAGACAACAAUGGUGACCAAAACAUCGAUCGAGUUCGAUCCUUAUACGGAGCGUAAAGCUUUCGAUGAGACCAAAGAAGGAGUAAAAGGGCUGGUCGACGCUAAAAUCGCCGAAGUCCCUCGUAUCUUCCAUGUUCCUCAAGCUUCCUUGACCGAAAAGAAACCUUCUGUCUCUGUUUCAGAUCUAGAGAUCCCUAUCAUCGACUUUGCAAGCGUCCACGUGGACACAGCGUCACGUGAAGCCGUGGUAGAGAAGGUUAAAUACGCGGCGGAGAAGUGGGGAUUCUUCCAGGUCAUCAACCAUGGUGCUCCUUUGAACGUUCUCGAAGAGAUUCAAGAUGGAGUUCGUAGGUUUCACGAGGAAGAUCCUGAGGUCAAGAAACAAUACUUCACCCGUGAUAACGCCAACAAAAAGUUUGUCUACAAUAGUAACUUUGAUCUAUACAGUUCCUCGCCAUCUGUUAACUGGAGAGAUACUUUCACUUGUUACUUAGCUCCAGAUCCUCCAUCUCCCGAGGAACUCCCAGUCACUUGCAGGGAUGCUGUGUUCGAAUACUCAAAACAUGUGAUGAGUUUAGGUGGUUUACUCUGCGAACUUUUUUCAGAAGCACUAGGUCUAGAAUCUGAGAUCCUUAAGAGCAAGGGGUGCUUGAAGGGUUUGUCUAUGCUCUGUCAUUACUACCCACCUUGUCCACAACCUGACCUAACUUUGGGGGUAAGUAAACACUCAGACAAUUCCUUCCUCACGGUUCUUCUUCAAGACAACAUCGGUGGUCUACAAAUUCUUCAUCAAGACUCUUGGGUUGAUGUCGCUCCUCUUCCUGGAGCUCUCGUCAUCAACAUUGGAGAUUUCUUGCAGCUGAUAACGAACGAUAAAUUUGUGAGCGCCAACCAUAGAGUGCCUGCGAACAGAGAAGGGCCAAGGGUUUCAAUAGCGAGCUUUUUCAGCUCAAGUGCACUCCCAAAUUCAACACUUUAUGGACCAAUGAAAGAGCUUGUGUCUGAGGAAAACCCUCCAAAAUACAAAGACAUAACCAUUAAAGAAUACACAGAAGGAUACUUUGAGAAAGGUCUGGAUGGAACAUCAUAUCUGUCGAAUAUUAGGAUAUGAAUUAAGUGCAUGAUCAGCUACUCUGUUCUUGGCUAUGCAGUAGCUAACCCGAUGUAUCAAAAAUAAGAAAGCAUAGCCUAUGUGUGUAUGUGUGUGUUAUCAGUGUAAGAGAUAAGAAAGCAUAGCCUAUGUGUUUAUGUGUGUGUAUCAGUGUAUGCGUUGAGCUA